AUGAUGAACCCCGUCAUCUUGCCCUGUGUCCCGUCCUGCUUUGAGGCUCUUGCAUGGUCUGCAGACGGUGACUUUGCUGUGGCUGCGGGCGAGUAUGUCCAGAUUCUGACUCUCAAACCACCCAAUAAAGACCACUCAGGCCCCUUGAACCAGAAUGAGUGGAGUAUCACUCGGCUUCGAGUCAAUCUUUUCACCCAGGCUGAGUGGCAGAACAUUCAACCGCAGAACCGAGAUGACUUCUCAAUCGGGGCAGAGCAGUCGACUAGUACUGUUGUCGGCCUGGCUUGGUCUCCUCCAGGUCUGGCUCGUUUCCGCCGCAGUGUGCUUGCUGUGUUGACCUCUAACCUGCUGCUCUCCCUGUGGGAGUCCGCUGGUAUGCCGGGGCAAUGGAACCGAGUUGCUGUGAUUAAUCAUGCGUUCCAUCUGGAUCCCACAGCACCCGCACCACUGAGACUGGGACCACAGGCGGAGAGCCGAUGGGGUGUUCACCUUCUCAUGGUGAUAAACGACGCCAAUGAGGCUGUUUUACUUCGGAUCCAAAGAUCAGCGGGUGGAAAGGAUCUGUCGGUGCCAUACUCCGUGCAAAAGUUGGCACUGUAUCCAUUCGACAACGUGCAAAAACACUACCCGCAAAGCUGUCCAGGCUCACUCCUCGAAAAAGCUUUGCAAAUCAAGGCCAGGGCGUUGUCGGUUUCAUGUGGACCUUGGCUGGCUGUGGCUGAAGGAGAAGGAGAUGAAGAUCCUUUCUCUGCAACUGCGAUGAUAGCUGUGUCAUUUGGUACAAGGCUGCGAACGUUCAAGGCCCUAGUGACCUUGCAAAAGUCAGAUCAGGCCGAGAGCGGCUCUUCUGAUUUUGGGCUAGCGCAAAGCUUGUAG